GUCAGACUAAAGCACUGAGUUCUCCGCUUCAAAGCCUAUAAAAUAAAUGAUCUGGAUCGCACGAGAGGGGCACUAUUAAGGGACAAGGUUUUGACUCGGAUUAUACCACUAGUUAUAUUUCCUCAUGGAUAUAUUUUCCUCACGAACGGCUUUCUUCAUUCGAACGACACAGGCGGCGGUAAAAGAGAGGUUGUAACCCCUAAUGGCGGCACACACUUCCCCCAUAUCUAGUACUUCCCCUCUCUGAGUGUAUUUCUGAAAAGGAAUAGAAAGACUGUUUCAUUAUUGCUGAAAAUCCUAAUUAUUGUCAAAAAUUUCGAAACUGUAUUGACACCUCGUCUGUUUUAGUGUAUGUUGUAUUUUUCCUAUAUCUACUAGAUUCUAGAAGUCUAUUGCAUCAAUUGUUUUGAGUUAAUUUCUACAACAGCAUACUGACCUCAAAUACUUCAACUACUUAUUUCGGUCUGUUCGUUGUAAGGCCACCACAAGGACAAAAUCAUGACGGGACCAGUGACAGUCUGUACCUCCUGCAAUGAGCAGGUACCUGCGGAAUGCCAGCGCGAACACUACCGAUGCGAGAGACAUAUGUACUUAUAAGUCCGUACAACUAGUACUCUUGAUGUCCUCUGAACAAGAUUCAAGAUUGAUUGAAGACACUUGAAAAAUGGCAGUGAUAUUUGCGAGCUCAAAUAACGUCUGACUAUGUGAUACCCUUCACACUCUAGGAUCUCCAACUUGUCCUCCGAACUACUAUAACGGAUCUUCUUGUACUACUUAUACAUAGGUACAACGUGAAGCGAAAGCUAGAGGGUGCAGCUCCAAUUCCAGCAGAUGUGUGGGAGCGCAAAUUGGCACGUUUCCGUGAAAUCCAGGCAGAAACAGCUAAAAAAACUGAUCAUCUUAAGCAUGACAGGAAGGCUAAUAAAAGUGACGCAGGUAGUGUAAAGAGUGGCGGAAAAGCUGCGAUCAAUGGCCAUGCGGAUGCAUCUACUUCGGAGGUAUAAUUUGAAUUUGUUCAUCUACUAGACGCACAAAGUGAUUUUUUUUUGAUUCCCAGCUACAACAUAGUACAUUUUUCUUGUUACAUAUGAAUAAAUCCGUUAGCGUUAUCCUUUCGUUCAUGAUCUUCAUCCACCAGACUAAACACGUCAAAGGUGCCUCUUCCGCAGCGUUGCUUGUUCGACCGCCGCACUUUUACUUCUCUCGACGACAAUUUGCAGUACAUGAUGCGACACUACUCCUUUUUCCUUCCCGAUCGCGACUACUGUGUCGACAAAGAGGGUUUGCUAACUUUUUUGCACAAGAAGAUUGCUGAGGGCCACCAGUGCAUCUAUUGCGACCGCACUUUCAAGAGCGAAGCUGAUGUCCGACAGCACAUGUUGGACAAGAAUCACACCCGAAUUGGCUUAGAAGGCCGUACGCGAACGGGGAAUUAUAGCGAAGAACUCACCAACGAGUUAAAAGCGCAGUUGGAAGAAUUCUACGACUACUCGAGUAGUUGGUCCGAGCUGAACUUGAAGUCAAGAAAGCAAAAGGACAACUUGAUGGCAGCACUAGCAGACUCGAUGGAGACGCGUAAGGAGGCGGCUCGAAAGGAAGCAGAAAUGAGUGCUAAAACUUCUACACUUUGACUUUUAUCGUCCCUUUUAGAUUUUUGGACAAAUUAUUUAGAUACUGAUCAUACUGAUUCUUAUGCAAACGCGACAUUAUGAUGAUAGUAAGUAUUCUUUAGCGUUAUGAAGCUAACAAAAGGCUGGACCUUAACAAUGUUAACAAACACUCUCAUUUCGACUGAUCCAAACAUCACAGCUGACGCAGAGAAGCUUGCGGAUAUGUUUGACUUUUUCGAUGAGGACGAAGAUGACCUCUUGAACUUCGAGGAAGCAGUCGACUUUUUCGAGUUCGUAUCUGGUGACGACGCUUCCGCAGCUCCGCUUACUCGAGAGGAGUAUGAUGCACUAGCAGGAGUCGAGGGCGUAGCUGGAGGCUCCACUAGCACUACCCCAACUGCCGAUCGUAAUAGUCAGGAACAAGAACAAGAAGACGACGAUGGCGAUGUUGACACGACAGGGAACAGCAAGAAAGAAGGCCUAGAUCUCGAUGCAGUUGCUAAGCUUGUGAUCGAGAGACAGCAAAGAACCACAAGGGCAAACACCGCUUCAACUAUCAGCGGCACUGGCGCGUCUAGCAGCUCAUCGUCUUCUACUAGCAACAACUCGACGCGAAAUGACACCAGCUCUCUCUCUGCAAUUUCAGCUAUCUAUGCCCGUUUCGAAGCCGAAUAUGAGCUGGCUGAAGAAGAUGAAGUUCACGUGUGUGACGACGAAGAGGAGUUUCAGAGAAUUUGCAAGGCUCUAGACCUCAAGGUCGCGAAAAUCCUUCCAACAGGCAACUUGCGACUUCCUGACGGUUCCGAGGCCGCGCACCGGUCGUUGCGGUACAUCUACAGACAGCGCGGUCUUCACAUUCGCUCAGCAGCCAGUGCCAGUGCCGCAAAAGCGCAAAAAGCCAUCGGCGGGGGCUUCUUUGCACGAUUAGCAUUGCAGAACGGCGCCCAGCAUAUGCAGAUCGGAAUUUCACAGCUGAAGAAACAGGGAAGGCAGGUGAUGGCUAUCAAACGGGAGGACCAGAAGAGGUUCAUGAAGCAGGGAAUCAAAGACACGAUUAUCAAUCGAAAGAGAACCAUUCGCGCGAUGGACUAUGUGCGGUAAGAGGUCUCUGUCCGGUAAGGUCUCUAUGCACGGAUCUAAGGUCUCUAAGUACGCAGAUCAUGGGGAUGGGGAUCGGGAUUCAUUAUGGGAAACAUUUCAUGUGCAGCUACUUCCAUGCAGGAAUCAACAUUAUCGAACUUUGGAGCUUGGGUUCUGACAAAAAUCUAUAAAAAGAAGCAUAGCGAGCUCUUAGUGUUGAUACCUAAAGGUACGUCUUUAUGCGAUCGUCGGUUCAU